AUGGGUAAAGUAAGAAAGCGUAAACCAAACAAAACUAAAAAUAAUAUUAUCGCAGAAAAUAUUGAUGAGGAAAUCCCUGUGGAUUCUAAGGAAAAUGUUAUUCAAACUAUUUUGGAUCAACUUCAGGGAGUAAAUGUGGAGGAGAAAUAUUGUGGCUUGCAAACAUUUGCCCUACUUAUAGAAAGUCCAGAGAACAUUGAGCAGACAAUAGAGCGAGGCCUAGUUAAAGUUGUGGCGCCGCUGCUAUUGGAUCCGGCGGGGCCAGUUAGGAAUGCUGCUGCUGGAGUCUUAAGAAAUCUUUCUGCAGUUCAACUGGAAGUUUGUGAUACCUUGAUGGAACAGGAUGUAAUGACACCAUUACUCAGCUUUUUUCAUGAGCAUACAGAGACUUGGACCCCAGAAAUAAAUUCAAAAACAAAACUAGAGGAUGUUGAUACUAUUAUUCAAUGCAUUAAUCUACUAUUGAAUCUGUGUGAAAGUUCAGAUUUGGCUGUUAAAUAUCUUGGACAAUCAAGAGUUUUAAGUAUAUUACUCCCGAGGUAUCUAGACAUUGCUACAUUUGGCUGUGAUAUAGUAUCUGCUGUAUUGCAAUGUUUGUUUGUGGUUGUCGAAGACAAUCCUGAUGUUAUGGAAAAAGUUAAAUCAACAUGUGAGAAACAAUUACAAGAACUUAUGGUGAUUGAAAACAGUGAUCCUUCAUAUUUGCUUAUCAAAACAUUAGCUUCAGGAGUAAUAAUAAACACAUGUGGAGGCAACAUGGCAGUGUUACCUGUCAAUGUCAUUCAUCAAAUUGUUACAAUACUAGCAAAGACACUGUCUAUAGAUCAUAGGUUAGUUUGCAACGAGCUCUCCAGUAGUGUGCCAUUAACCAAUGGGAGUGAAAAACUUGAAUCACCUCAAGGAAAAGAAGCCCAAGUGUUGGAAAAUCAAUUGAAGUCUGUGUCUCAUAUGUUAGAUGCACAGCAGAGAUCAAUAGAAAUUAUUGCAAACAUUUGCUCAUGCGAUGAUGCAAAUGACCAAAUGGAUGGUCCUGAAUCUUCUGACAGUGAUGAAUUAGGAGAUGAUGAAUGUAGCAAUGGUGAAGAAGUGGCUCUUGCAGAGGACAAGCUUCCACCAGAGAUUUUAGAAGCUUUAAUAUCUUUAGAGAUAUUUGAUAAAGUGUGGGCUCGGACUCAGCUACCAGCAGAUAAUGUUAUGUUAAUAUUAGAAGAAUAUGAAGGUUCAAAAUUAAUACACAAAAAAGUCCAUACAUUGCAAACAAGAGCUUUGUUAUGUGUAAACAAUAUGAUAUCUAGUCUUCCAGUAGAAAAUCUAGGUGGUGUGAAUGGUAUUUACAAAAUAUGGGUUGUCGCAGGGAAACUAGUCUUUAAGCAGAACACUGACAAUCUGUACAUAUUAGAGUCCGCAACAGCAGUUAUGAGAGCAGCUUUAGAUAAAAUAAAGUUUAGAGAAAAUGGAAAAUCUGGUCAAUGUGAUCUCUUCCGUGACUUAUCGCUGUCAGAUAUAGAGAUGAUGAUUACAGGCAUUAAAGAGUGUCAAGUGCCGGAGAUAAGAUCUAACCUUAUCCGAAUGAUUGGAAUAUUGGCAUUACUGCUUGUAAACAAAUUGAAUGAAACUAGUUCAAAUGUAAUAUGUGCCAUCACGGAAUUCAUAUUGGAACAAGCUCACAGAGAAAAUGAAGUAUGGGUGUUAGCUGAAGCUAUAGACACUUUAGUGGAUUUAUAUUCUGAAGAUGACACUGAUGCACUUGCUGCUAAAGUUAAACUUGUUGAGAAACUUGCUGUAUUAGCUCCAAUAUUAAAAAAUAAGGCACGACAACAAAGAAAACUUCCACGAGAGUACAAAGUCCUUGUCUCCACUGCGACUUCAAAUUUACCGCGAUUUAUUAAGUACAAAAAAAGUCGACUCAGUAAUUUAUAG